AACCGAAGAAGCUGCGAAAAAUCCCAAAGUGCACGCUGAGUCAGUUACGCACCCAUGGCCAAGGGAACAAUGAAGUCUCCGGCCGGAGGUGGCACCGGUGGCCAUGUCAUCGGAGAGUCCCGGAGAGAGCUUUUGUCGCCGGAGAACACCGAUCACGUAGUCGGCCACGAGGCCUUGGAUUUGGACAUAGUCGAUGAUGUCUACGCUAGCCCAACCUCUCCCUCGACCACGUCUGUCUUGCCAUCGUCAUGGCGGCUCAACCUCAGCGAGUUCCGCCUCCCUCAGUCGUCUCCCAACCGCCGCCGCCACCACUCCCGCCGCUUCUCUUGCCGCCGUAUCCUUCCGACUCCCACCCGCCGGAAAGAACGCAGGAUUGCUGAGUACUACAAGAAACAAGAGGCGCUCUACGAAGGAUAUAAUGAGAUGGAGACGAUGACCGAGUCGGGAUGUUUCCCUGGAAGCCUAACCGAGGAUGAAAUGAAGCAGCUCGCGAAAAGUGAGAAGUUUGCGAUCCACACAUCGAACAUCGCCAACAUGGUGCUUUUCAUUGCAAAGGUCUAUGCCUCUGUCGAGAGCCGAUCAAUGGCUGUGAUUGCCUCGACCUUGGAUUCGUUCCUGGACCUGCUGUCGGGCUUCAUUCUCUGGUUUACUGCCAAUGCCAUGAGGAACCCAAACCAGUACCGAUACCCGAUAGGGAAGAAGCGAAUGCAGCCUGUUGGUAUCAUUGUGUUUGCAUCAGUGAUGGCAACUCUUGGACUGCAAAUCAUACUGGAAUCCAUUCGAGAAAUUAUCACAAAGUCCCGUCCGGAGACAGACAGUGAGAAGGAGAAGUGGAUGAUUGGUAUUAUGGUCUCGGUGACUGCAGUGAAGUUCGUCCUCAUGGUGUACUGUCGGAGAUUCAACAACGAGAUAGUCAGAACCUAUGCGCAAGACCAUUUCUUCGACGUCAUCACCAACUCUGUCGGCCUAGCCACGGCUGUGCUGGCGAUCCACUUCUACUGGUGGAUCGAUCCCACUGGUGCCAUUGUGAUCGCUGUGUACACGAUAGGCACCUGGGCGAAGACGGUCGUGGAGAAUGUGUGGCUGCUGAUAGGAAGAACGGCCCCUCCGGAAUUCAUUGCGAAGCUGACCUAUCUCACAUGGAACCAUCACGAACAGAUCAGGCAUAUUGAUACCGUGAGAGCUUACACGUUCGGAUCCCACUACUUUGUGGAGGUGGACAUAGUGCUGCCCGAAGACAUGCUCCUGAAUCAGGCCCACAAUAUCGGCGAGGCCCUCCAGGAGAAGCUCGAGCAGCUCCCAGAAGUCGAGCGAGCCUUCGUGCAUAUAGACUUCGAGUUCACCCAUAGGCCUGAGCACAAGAAGAACACAGUUUGAAGGUGCCAUUACUUUUAGUUACUGCCCCUUCUGUUUUUGGGAAGGAACAGUUAAUCGCCAGCUCCUCCGUCGGCAACAGAUUUAGCGUUCCACGUUAUUUUCUUCUUAACGAACUCGCGGUUCUUGAGCAUGCUUUCCUCUUAAUGAACUCGUGGUUCUUGACCAUACGGGGUCGGGAUCGUUCUUGCA